UACAUACACUUUAUGAAAUCUGUUUUGAUAGUGAAUUGUUGUAACUUGCGUUAUACCUACAGAAAUAGUGAAUUAUUGUGACUUGUGUUAUAAAUACAUAACGUUUACUAUCUUAGCCGAAUAUUAUCAAAGUUUAUAAGUUCCUGCAAGUUAUAAUGACUGGGUAUUUGAGAAUUUUUAAGAAAUAUUUAUUUCGAUUAAUUUAAGAUCCGUUUACAGAAACAAAAUAGUAAAUUGGAAUUAACAAUUUAUGUAUAACCUUGUUUAAGGUUCUUAAAAGUGUUCUCAUGUUCUCAGGAGUAUAUAUUUAAUGUUAAGGUCUUUAACAUGGACAAUUAUAGUCUUGUAAAUGUGACGGCAGGUACAAAUUAUGUUCAAAGUAAAAAUCGAACGGAUAUGUCUUCAUCUGAGCCAUACGAAGAAGCUGCUGCAGCCAUUUCCUUACUGUUGUUCAUUACCAUAGUUUGCCUGAAUGGACUUGUAAUUUACACCCUCGUGUUCAGAAAACAUGAGAAGAGUCGUCUCUUCUAUUUUGUACUGAAUUUAGCAAUAGCAGAUUUUCUCGUGGGUGUAUGUAGUGUUCUUGUACUUGGUAUAACUAGUGCAAUGCAUAAAGAAUGGUAUGGUGGUGACAUUAUGUGUAGACUUAAUCGUUUUAUGUCAACAACGACUGUGAUUGCAUCUAAUAAUCUUCUGAUCAGCAUGAGUGUAGACAGAUUUCUGGCAAUCAAGUAUCCAUUGAAUGUUCUUAGAAUAGGUAUUCAUAAGUAUAUGAACAAGUGCUUGGUCGGAGGGGCAUGGCUUAUCAGUAUAGUGGCCUCAAGUUUUUUCAUAAUUUACAGUCAGGGAGUAAAUGCAAAUCCAAAUGGUGCUGAUAUUUAUGAACAAAAAGGUGGCUGUAAAAUUAAAUUUCCAGAUCAUUGGUGGAAGCCGUAUAGUUUAACAGUUGCAGUAAUAGUCUAUGUGUUACCAACAAUCGGUAUAACAGUAUGUUAUGUGGGUAUAUGUAUCAUAGUCUGGAUGAAAUGGCGUUCAAGGGUGAAAUUAUCAGAGAUCAACACCGAUGCAAGCAGAGACCGACUUCCGAAGGCUAAGAUAAAGAGCAUCAAAAUGACAUUGGUCGUUUGUUUGGCCUUUUUCUUAUGCUGGACACCUUAUUUUAUAGUAAUGUUGAUGCACAUAUUUCACCCAGGUACGGUGGGAGAGAAAUUAACUCUUUUAUUCAACUGUCUAUACCCACUCAACAGUGCCUGCAAUCCUCUCAUAUUCAUGUUAUUCAAUCGCAAACUGUUCUUGUUCACUUGCGACACUUAGGGACAAAAAGACCAACAUACUGUAUAAUCGUAUGAAAAGAGGAUCUCACAAAUGACGUCAACUUGUCUAGGUGCUUGCAUUUCGUCAGUACUCGAGAUGCUACACGUUGGAAGAAGAAGAUCAAAUAAAUGAAGACACGAAAAUGAGUACAGCCUUGAUUAAUAGUUUAUUGCUAAAAAAUAAAACAUUGAACAUGCCAUGCUUUAUGCAACGAAACAUGUCUAAUAUAUUUCAAAAACAACAUCAUUGCUUUGCAAACAUUGCUAAUACAGUAUGUGCCUGGUUGCAUAGGAAUGUUUCUUGUAUUGAGGUUACUGCUUCCGAUAUUUAAGCAACACCAUAUAUAUAGUUCAUCAGUACUGAACAUUAGUUUUUAUACAUUUUCAAGCUGCAGCAACAGCCCGUCCCAUUUUUAUCAGUAAUCCAAUUUGAAAUUCUAUUUGUACAUAUCGUGUAUUGUUUUUAUUCAACACAGAUUCGAUAAUUCAUGCUUAAUUUCAACAACAAUUACACGCUUAAGUAUAUCUUAAUAAAUAAAACAAAU